CUCUCUCUCUCUCUCUCUCUCUCUCUUCUCCCUCCGUCUCGUCCGUCCGGCGAGUUCCGCCGUAGCCGGGAUUCUCGGUAUCGCGCUUCAGGCUCGCUCUCGUCGCCUGAAAAUUCGUCGUCGACGCGUCUCGUAUGACGCGCGGGUGCGUUUCCCGUAACGGCGACGGCUAUCGCGCGAUAUUACGCUCGCACGUAACGUAGUGCACGGUGCCUUCCUCGCCGUCUCUUUCUUCCUCCCCUCCCUUCGCCCGCUCCUCCCUCCUCGCUCUCUCUUUCUCUCUCUUUCUCUUUCUCUCUCUCUCUCUCCUUCCUUCCACCUUCGUAACGAGAUUACGCUGCUCCUCUGCUCAGUGCAUCUUCGCGGCCUGGAACGCGCAACGGUUCUCUCCCCGGUGUCUCGACGAGCGCGCUGUGGGUGGAUAUGUGCGCGAGUACAAUGACGCUUUUGCACGGUGCGAUUGAUCACUCUGCGGCGAGGCCGUCGGCGCCGCUUGAAUGGAAAGUGCACUCCCGGCACGCCGGACGCGAUUGAGCGACGAAAUGGUGGUGGUCCUCUUUCACGUCGCCGCCGCCGUCGCCGUCGCCAGCUGUGGGCGGAUUUACCGGUUCGGCACCGUCGCCGAUUCGCUCGGCGAUCCUUGACGACGCCAGCCGCGAACGAGAGAAAUAUUCAGUGGAGACGCGAAACAAUUAAAGAGGAGACGACGAGUGUCCGCCUAAAAAGAGAAUUUUCGGAGGAGGAUGCUAGGCAGUUGGGGCUGGGAAGAAGAAUUGGAGUUGGGAGAGGGUACGACAGCCCCGUCGCGAGAGAGACAAAGACGAGAGAGCCCAGACUCGACGCAUCCUGUCCCCGACAGCCGGGUGCUGAGGUAUGCACCCAGCCGGUGUCACCACCCUCCCAGCUACAGCUCGCCACAUUUCAGCACACAGCCUCCUCUCGACUGUACGGACUAGCAGCGUGAGGUGGCCAAGAUGCUGACUGCUCACCCUGAGAUGCACGAGAAGCGGGACGGCCUCGGCGGCGGGCAAUAUGGGGCAGGCGGGGGUGGUACUUCGAUUGAGGAGAAACCUAUUCCGGAACAACCACCCCCGCCUCCUGCACCGCCGCAACGAGACCUGUCGGAUCCCACUAUUAGCGCUAAAAAGCUUCCAAAGAAACGUAAAUUCGAUCCAUCCGAGCUCGAGGAGAUGGACAAGAUCAGCAACGUCACCAGCCACAUCAACAAUAUGAUCCAUGUUGGUCCACGCACGCCGGCUAUGCCGCUUAGUGGCCAGCCGGUUUUAGGACAACAACCCAGUUUACCAACUACCACCAGUCGGCAGUCGCCGCAACAGCAAGAGUCCGAUGGUUACCAAGUACCGUCAGCUCAUUCGGUAGUAGUGUUACCUCCUCAGAGUAUAGCGGUAGAUUACUCUAUCCGCGACGAACCUCAACGUUCUCGUCCUCGGCUUGCUAUUGAUCUCAGUGAGUGGCGCGACCAUAGAGUGUUAGCUUUAAGGGAUUCAUAUUAUUUCCCGGGUGUUAUACGUAACGUUGUUCAGGGUGAGAUUUUAAUGAUUGAGUUCGACGGCGAGAGGAAGCUAGCACGUUAUAGUGAGGUUCUGGGUGCGAGACGGUACGAUGUGAUAGGGGAUGCGAGCCCGUCUCUGGGACAGGUGACUUUGGAGACAAAGGUUUGCAUCAGGUGUCCGACCGCGAACAGUCACGUGGACGCGACAAAAGUGUUCGUAAGGGGGACAGUGUGCAAGAUAUUAACGAAGCCUCAUCGUUUUAUUGUGAAAAUACCGCGAGAGGACGAUCAGAGUGACAGUUACGUUGUGAAGCGCGCGGACCUGCGACUAGUGCAGCCUCCAUGGGCGGAAGAGUUGGAAGAGGGGCUGGAGGAAUGCGAUCCUACGCGAGUCGAGAAUAUUGAACACGGGUAUCGCAAUACCCCGGAAGCUCCGACAGCAGUGCCAAUUUUGCAGAUCCAUCAUACUUCUCAUCACACGUCGCAUAUAUCAAGUCAUAAUGACACGAGUUAUUAUAGAACGACCGGUACCAGUCCUCUCAUGGCUUUAGGCACUCCUGCGCAUUCUGCCACGGCGUUAAGUAAUGGCAGUCGGCCGUACGACGAUUUAGAAAGCGAUGAUGACUUAGGCAGAGAAGAUAUUACGUUUCCCUCGGACGCAGAUGCAAAAUUGUCAGGGAGCAGCAAAAGAAGCAGCAUGCAGAGCCGAGGAAGUACCAGUAGCCUAGUUGAACAACGUAGUAUAACGCCUCGUUCUCAGGCAGCCACACCCCGAUCUCAGGCGGCAACGCCACAUAGGUAUAAAAAGGGUGACAUAGUGGUUACACCAAGUGGAAUAAGAAAAAAAUACAAUGGAAAGCAGUGGCGUCGUCUUUGUAGUAAGAAGGACUGCAACAAGGAAAGUCAGCGAAGGGGAUACUGUUCUCGUCAUCUUAGCUUAAAAGGCUCUGGUCUUAGGGGUCCAACGAACACAUUUCCUGGUGGUAAAAUGGAUGGCGAAGAAACAUCAAGAGAUUCCGAUACCUCGCCAAAUUACGUUGAUAGACGAAUGGCAGGUAGAUUUGAUCAAGACGAAACUGAAGCUGCUAAUAUGCUUGUGUCCUUGGGAAGCUCUAGAUCGGUUACGCCAGCCUUCUCGUCGCCGACGGGUCAGUCUUCUAUAUCUCCGUGUAUAAAUCAGUCACCGGUGCCGCCGUUGGGGCUCAAUCAGAAUAAUGUAUUUAUGCCUAUCUCGACUCCCGCACACGCGACUCCGCUGAUUUCGCCUGGGGCGAAAUGGAAGCAUUCACCUACGCAAUCGAACUUUUUGGUUCAGUAUCCGCAACAAGUGAUAAAGCCCGAGCCGAAUCGAGUAGAUAGAAAUCGACCGAUCCCGAUGACCGGUGCUAUCCCCACUAGUCUAGGGACGAGCGUGAUAAGAAUCUCCCCGGUGAGCCGUAGCAUGCAACCCGGACAGAAUCCGACUUUGUCGUGGUCGGAGCAGAGUCCGCCACCGACGAGGCACCCCUCGGUUGUGACGUCGAUCGCUCAGCAACAGCAAAACAUAAUUCUGCAACAUGCGCUAACGUCCAGCAAUGACUUUCCCAAUCAGACCGAGCUGCCCGAACAAAAUUCACAGCUGAUUAAACCGCCGCACUCGCCCCACAUGCCUCUACCGGCUAUCCCGGUGCCGCAGAACCUCACGCUCGUACACAAAUCGUUGGAGCAGCCGGUCGACUACGCGCAGUCGCCGCAGUCUCAAAGUCAACCGAUCUACGUGAUGCAGCACGAAAAAAAGUAUGUCGUGAUAAAGAACAGCAUGGACAUGUCGGCGCCAGCGGGCGCGCACAUAAGCAAUCAGGACGACAAAUAUCGGCAGGAUCUGCUCAAUCAUCCGGGCCAAUUGCCGGUGUCCACGUUACACCAAGUUCAGUGUCAACAACCACCUCAGUCACCCGCGGUCUCAUCCGUCCACCUUGACAAACUGUCUGUUUUGCAACCUGUGAGUAAAGUGAACACACAUACGACCGUGCAUAUGGACAUGCAGAGGAAUCAGCCACCACCUACGAGUGCUGUGAUGACAUCCACCACAGAGGCAACCAACCCGUCUACUCCGACAAGCGUCUUCCAGCACGUAAUUGUUCAGCCAGGACAUUUGGUGCAAAUUCCAAAAUCUCACCCUCCCAGAGAAGAGACUGCCAAAAACAACGGUAUUCUCUAUGGCAGCCACGAAGUUUCUCCUGCAUACCAGCCCCAUCCCCCACCAGUACUGAACAAUGUAGUACGCAACUGGAAAAAAGCUUUUUCCUGGCAGCCGACAGGUAUGGAACAAUCAGAGGUGAGCCCUCCUCCUUCUGCUCUGAGUCCACCCCUGAGUGCACCUCCAAUUCCAAUAAGUAUGAGCACACCCGCUGAAGAUGGCCCUGGUACUGGUUCAGAUCCCAUAACACCUGCCGAAGAGGAGGAUGAUGACGUUUUCGAAGCAGAACCGACCCCACCCGCAGAAGUGGAAGCUAACGCUAAUAAAAGACGCAGUCAGUCGCUCAGUUCUUUGCAGCCACAGACUCCACUGAAAGCUAAAGACAGAAUACGUCGACCCAUGAACGCAUUUAUGAUUUUUUCAAAACGGCACCGCGCCGUGGUGCAUCAGCGUCAUCCGAAUCAAGAUAAUCGUACCGUAUCUAAAAUACUGGGAGAAUGGUGGUACGCUUUGGGACCAGAGGAGAAACAAAAGUAUCACGAGCUCGCUUCAGAAGUGAAAGAGGCGCAUUUUAAAGCGCAUCCGGACUGGAAGUGGUGCAGUAAGGACAGACGGAAGUCGUCGACGACCAGCUUUAAGGGAAGCGAAACUGGAAGAGCAAAGUUGAACAGUACGGGAGAAGAAACGGAUCCUCUGCAAGGUUCUUCGUCGGAGGACCCAUUAACGGUUACGUCUGCCGAUGAAGUAUCCACUCCGAUUAACACCACAUACAAUGAAUCUUCCACUAAUAUUGAGAUUAUGAACCAGUCGCAUACGCAACAUCGGAUCUCGGAGAUUCCUUUGCAAAUUGAAAAUGUGGAGGACAUCAAGCAGGACGACGACGCGAAUGGAUCAGAUGACGAUCAAAUGGUUAUCUGCGAGGAUCCUCAGCCGGAAAUAGAUUUGAAGUGCAAGGAUAAACUGACGGACAGUGAUAACGAUGCGCAAGAUGAGGACGCGGAAAAGAAAUGUUACAAUCAAUCGCAGUUCUCGGCGAUGAGCGGUCAAAAGAGGGAGGUGAUCAAUGUUAAACAGGAAAUAACGUGCAGGCCUAAACCAAUAAAAGCACGGAUACCCUCAACAGGUAUAGAAUCUACAACAAAAUAUCACCAUACUUCCAUGGAUAAAGGCAGUACCGUAUCAGUUUUGUCGAGUACGUAUCCUUAUCACAGUCCUGUCAAUCCAACAGGAGUGUCAGGGUUCCAGCCUACCGGCGGCGCUUUCAUAACUAUGCCGAUAUCGCCGAAAGUUAUUAAGCCAGAACCGGUGAAGAGCGAGCAGCAGUACAGCACGCAGUACAGCGUUAACAAUCUCGUGAGCAUCCACACUGAAAACGGACGGAACAUGUCUAAGUUUACAGCAGCUCCGGUAUUACACACUAUUGGAUCGAAACCUAUGAUGGCGCUGUUGAAACAACAGCAGCCGUUGCAGUCUUUAGGCACUACUCUUCGCCCCCUUACUUCAACUGUCCCUUAUCAACCACCGCUCACUCUAACAUUGCUCGAUAACGAUUUGGUGGCUGUUUCCAAACCGCAGCAGGGAUCGCAGUACCUUAACCCGACGCCGCCACACGCCAGGAUGUACGGUGGUUUCCAGAUACCCAUCACUGACGCCGGUAGCCGCAACAAUUCGAUAUCCGUGCAGAGUUUGGUUUCGAAUAAUAAGAUGGAAAUCCAAAGCGUGAUUGUGAGCAAACCUUACUCGACAGCGUUAUCGACAAUCUCCACUACGUCGACUUACCGAGGAAUCGGUCAUUCCAUUGCUCGCCUCGCGGAAUCCGAGAACAGUGACAAUCAAUUGGCUACAAAUCACACUCAGUUUUAUGUCAGUAAUAUUAAGACUGAAGAUAGAAAGGGUACUGUGAAUAUCGCUCUUCCCGCACCAAAUGAGAUACAUAAGCAACCAUCGACGCCUCACACGCCACACACACCUCAAAAUAAUCAUGGAAACGGUGAUCUGCCGUCGAAUAAGUCAUACACAUUCGAUGACGGCCAAAGCAAUGACAUGGGGCCAAAUAAGGGUCCGUUCAUGCUUGCUCCAACUCCGGCACAGCUUGGUCGAGCACCAUUGCAAAGGAGACAAUCAAUGGCAAUGCCUCCCGCAUCAACUGCAGGAGACCAUGGGCCGACACCUCAACAUUGUGAUAAUCGACCACACAUAAAUAUAUCUCAAAUGGCAGAACAAACGCAACAACAAAAUUUGACAGAAUCUCAUACUUCUCCCUCUCCCUCUACUAAGAAGGGCUCCUUCUUCAAGAAAAACGUGGAGGAUGGUAUGGACAGAGUUCUCGAACAAGUAAACUUUCAAGAAAAAUUCUCGUCCUUGCCGGAAUUCAAACCGGAGGAUAUACAAAGCCCGAGUGCGAUCAGUAUAAACACCCCUGGAUCAUCUAGCCAUAGUAGUGCGGCUUCUAUAUUACAUCCACAAACACCUAUGCAGAUGCCAAGUUAUCGAAAGAAAUCCGCACAAGGACCUCAUAGGCCCACAAUGAAUGAGGAUGAGAUCGACUCGGAUACAUCGAUAGCAGCCACUCCAAAGUCUACGUCGAGUGUUAAGCUGACAGGCACCACGUUCUUCGGCCCGGAUUUCAACGUCGAUGCUUAUAGAGCCAAUAACGAUCUGAUGGAUGUCGAUGCUAGCUCUCCGCGUACGCCGAAAACCCCUGGGAGCAGUGCUGGAAACGCCGUGCUGGGAAUCGGUAGAGGUGACAAUGAGCGUGGUCACAGGAAGAUACUGGAGCAACGGAGACUGUUGGUCAUGCAGUUGUUUCAGGAGCACGGCUACUUCCCAUCUGCGCAAGCGACUACCACGUUUCAACUUAAGCAUGUGGAUAUAUUUCCUACCAAGACUAGCUUGCAACUGAAGAUACGAGAGGUGAGGCAAAAAUUGAAAGCCAAUUCGACGCCGAGUGCUAACAACCUCGUUAGUCCAUUGCCGAUCUCCGAAUCGUCUCCUGUUGUAACUGGUUCAAGUGCUCCUUCAACAUCGAUGGGAGCUCCACAUUCACUGCCUGUAAGCAGUAGUGGUAGCUAGCACCCACGUGCCAACUGUGAUACUAUGCAUCCCCUUAAUCCGCAACAUGAAUACAUCAUUAUCCUUUGAAGAGCAAAGUGUUUACUAGGAAAGUCGUUAGUGCACACUCUCCUUGGAAUUUAUUAAGUACUGCGAAAGGCUUUAGUGCAAUUUUAAAUUACGAUAAAGUCUGGUGCGGAUGACAACUUUAGUGGGGCAUAUUGAGACGUGUCGAUAUAUAAAUGUCAAUGAUGACUUUGUACAUAAUAUUGAGCUAUUAACUGUUUGGAGAUAUCAGCUGCUCUCUUAGAGUGUGUGUUCGGAUCUUUGUGUUCGAUCGUCGUUGAACAAUAAAGAAAUGUUGAAGACUGCGAGUAUUCAAUAGUUAGGCCGCGAUACACUUCGCGACAAUUUAUGUUUUCCCACGCAAGUCUGAUUACGAGUCUAAUUGUACUAUACUACAUAGUAACAUGACAUGACGGAAAAUGUAAGCAUGAUAAAACUUAACUCAAGAUAAACUUUCUUCUUUGAAACAAGAAAGACAAUAUUACACUACUUUAGAUCCAAAGAUGAUCGAAAAGGAAAAUAAUUAUCAAAUAUAAUAUUAUUUUAUUACAUUUUAAAAUUGUAAUUCGCAUUUUGCUGCGUAUUCUUAAUUGCGUAAUUGAUAUUUGUACAUCAACACGUCCUGCGUGAUUCAUGAAAGGCCUAAGCCGUUGUUAAAUGUUGUUGAAAAUAUGAAAUAAAAUUCAUAGAGAAAAAGAGGGACAGGCAGAAAAGGGAGAGAGAGAGAGAGAGAGAGAAAAUCGUAAUUGGAAACAAUAUGGAACAUAGAAUUAACAGAACACAUUAUGAAAUGAAAUCAGAGUUUAUAUAUAAAUAUAUAUAUAUAAAUAUAUACUUUAGUUAUACUUUAUAUAUAUAUAUGUAUAUCAUAUAUCAUAGAUCGAGAAAACUAUUGAAUGAAAAUUGCGAUAAACUGCACAAAAAUUAUGUACAUUCGUCAGAAAUGUUUAUUUCAUGUAAAUAUUAUGGAAUAAUCUUGAGGCAAAGAAUAUCUCAACAGUUGAAAUGUCUACAAUUCUUUGAAUCUGAAGAAUUUGUAAGUGCACCGGUAUUCUUGAUUUAUACAUUGCGAUACCACAAGUAAAAAUCGUGCCAUUGUGCGGCGACAAAGUGAAGGGAAUAUGCAUGCGCUAUAAUUCCCAUACUAGUGGAAGAAUAAUUGUUAGAUUACUCUCUUGAUAUAUAGCUAAUAUGUAAUAUGUUUCUCUGACAUUAUUGAAAGUACUUAUUCUACUGUUUUUAGAGCUUUGCUAAGAUUCAAUGCAUUAAUCUAUAUUUUAUACGUGUUUUAAAAACGGUCUAUCUUUUUUCAUUUAACUUUUUCGUUUAUUUUAUAUACUUUUUCUUUUCCUGGCCUUAGAUGUAAGCGUUUUUAUGUAGGUCUUAAUUUUUUUCCUUUUUUUUUGACCGUGACAAAUACACAUUUUAUUAUUACCUUUAUUGUAUCAUUUAUUAAGUACUUAAAUAUGUACUACCAUAGAUGAAGAGGCAAACAACAAAAUCUAAUCGUUCAAAUGUUCGACAUCAAUUUUUAAUUGUCGGCAAUUGCCGUAUGUCAUUAACAGCAGCAACGCAUUAAAAGUAAAAUCGCGGUAUCCUUUUAUCAAAGCCUAAACGUAUAUGUUGUACACAAUGAAUUUGUACAGUAUGUUGAAUAGGAUCAGUGUUGUUAUAUCGUGUAUUUUAAUAAGUUUAUUCUUUAUUGUACAAGAGAAAAGAUACGGUGUAUUGCAUCUGUUUUUAAUAUUCUCUUUUACUGAUCCAACGUUCUCCCUCCUUUUUACGUUGUUAAUGCUCUCAGAAUUAUCGCAUCGAAUUUUAGCAAAGAUUGUUGAAUUUGGCUGUAAAAUAGAUUAUGUAAUUAGUGAUAUGUUUAUAAAAAAAAGCGCACCUCGGCAGGUUGAAGUCUCGCGCCACGGCACGUAUAUUGUAGUUAGGAUAUGAGACAGUGUGUAUUCUACAUAUACAUAUUUUGUAAAUAGAAAACAAUAUACUAAUUGAAAAAAUAUAUAUAUAUAAAUACAUAUAUAUAUAUAUAUUUAAUGGAGAUGGUAGCGUAUAUGGUAUUGUAAUUCGUAGAACUAUAAUUACGAAGAGAAGUGCAGGCAGGAUUAAGUUUAGAAUAAUUGCAGAUUAUGGGCCUUCAUCUGUAGUGGACUCUUGUGCUCGGGACGGUCCUCCCACCCUUCUCCAAAGUUAAUCCUUUCCUAAAGCGUUAGGAUACUAUUGUUUGUAUAUAAUAUAAUUAUAUCAUCAUCCUA